AUGGAACACUGUCGCAGACUCGGGGGAGUUCUCAAAGAGCAUUUUCACCAGCCGGGACCGGUUGUGCAGCGCAGAAUAGUUGGAGAUGUCUCUGUUGAUCAUUUUUGUUGUGUAAUUGAAUUCUUGCAGAUCUGUGUCCAGUUGCUCUUGGCUCGUUUGCCCCAGUUUCAUGCGGUCCACCACGUACCGUCGGUAUUGCCACACGUGGUAAUUCCGCGAAUCUGCUUUCAGAAACGUGUCAAUCAUCGCCAUCUCGGCGUUCCAGUUGGUCAGGGAGUCGUACUCCAAGCACCAUUUCCGGUGGUUCCAAAUCCAGUAGCAUUUGGGGAACCGUCUCAGAUGCUCAACACUCAACGCCAGCUCACCGUGAGAAAGUAUGGCCUCAACAUGCUUGUUCCCACAGACGACGAAUUGCAGUCGUACGUGAAGCAGAUUAUGAAACAGCUGCACAAGUGGGUGUACGGAGGCCUGAUUUCGCGGCUGGUGGUGGCGAUUGUGUCGAAAGAGACCGGCGAGACGGUCGAGAAGUGGCAGUUCAACCUGGAAAUACAGAAGCCAGACACCGAAGAGACAGAAGGCAAGCCUAACGAGCAAAUUCAGCGGGAGAUCCAAGCGAUUAUUCGCCAGAUCACCGCGUCGGUGACGUUUCUGCCCGAGCUGGAGGACGAGUGCACAUUCAACGUUCUUGUGUAUGCCGACCCGAAUUGUCGCGUUCCUGAAGAGUGGGGGGACUCGCGCACGCACGAGAUCACGGGUGUGACAGAGAGCGUCAAGUUCCGCAGCUUCAGCACGACCAGCCACCGCGUCGACGCCCUUGUCGAGUACAAGCACGGAUGA